AUGAUUAAAGUGGCAAGUAAAGAUCCGAUUGUAUUCAAAAAUAGAAAAGAUGCUGGUAAACAAUUAUUAAAUUUUAUUAAACAAGAAGUAAAAGGAUUAAAUAAAGAAAAUGCAGUAGUGAUUGCUCUACCAAGAGGUGGGGUACCAGUUGCCUUUGAAAUUAGUAGUGCACUUGAUUUACCAUUAGAUUUAUCAAUUCCACGUAAAAUUGGUGCUCAAAAUAAUCCAGAAUAUGCAAUUGGUGCAGUAUCUGAACAUGGUGAAGCUUUCAUCAAUAAUGAAUUGUUGUCAUAUUCUCAUUCUUCAAGAGAAUAUGUAAAGAAUGAAAUUGAAAAACAAAGAUUAGAAUCUCAAAGAAGACAACAAAUUUAUAAAAAAAAUAGAAAACCAAUUGAUUAUAAAGAGAAAACUGUUAUAAUUGUUGAUGAUGGUAUGGCAACUGGAAGUACUGCAAAAUCAUCAAUAAAUUCUGUUUUACAAGCAAAACCAAAGAAAAUUAUCUUAGCACUCCCAACUGCACCAAUUGAUUCUUUAGAAGAAAUUAAAAAUAGUGGAAAAGUUGAUGAAAUUUUAUGUGUUUCAAUACCAAGAAUCUUUAAUGCAGUAGGUUGUUUCUAUGAAACCUUUGACCAAACUGAUGAUAGUGAAGUAAUAGAAUUAUUAGAAAAAUCAUUAAAUUAG